AUGCCAACCUGGUUGUCUUCGCAACGCAAAGCUGCACUUGCCGAACUUGCUGGCCAAGUCGGAAUUGAUGACGUUUCCGAUCUUCGAAAAGAUCAGAUCGUCGCUCUUCUCGACGAGCAACUUACCAACAACGCGUCAUUACACUCCGAAAAUCCUUCUUUCGAGCGCUAUUAUGCUCGCAAGGGCUCUCCCACAAAGCGCGAGCUGGGCUCGACUCCUGCUGACGAAGUCGAGUUGACCCAAUCCGUUAGUCGAAGACGCGCUCCUCGCAUCAAGGGUGAAUCCAGUGUUGAGCCCAUAUCAUCGCCUACUGCAGUUACCGGAAGGCGCAUCGCUCGUGCUGUGGUCGUAUCCACUCCCGCCAGAGUCGAGGCACCCAGACUAGUAGAGCCUGCCAUCGAGGAACCACGCCUCGAAGACUCAUUGCUUCUCAGCCCUCCGCGCAUGGCACUCCCUCCUUCGCCUGCUGUUGUGACUGAUGUCAUCGAGGAGCAGACCGCGCGUAUUUCCGAAGGUAUGAACCAGCUCUGGACUUCAACGGGGAUUAUGGAUAUGCUCCAUGAGGCUCGUCUUGACCUCUCAUCUGUCACCGGCAUCCACUUCACGAUUCUUCUUCUCGAGUCCGCAGCACUUCACUACGAAACUGUCCCUUGGAAGUUCGCAUUCGACUUCCCAAGUCUGUUCGGAUUCCCUAGCUUUGCGGUAUUCCUGCCUGACAUAUUCGUCUUCCUCACACAUCACUACUGGGCACCUUCGUUGCUGUGGGCGACGAUGAACUUUUGGACCCCGCUUGCGACUGGCUGGCUCUUCAAUCUAUCUUUGAAGCUUAAGAAGAAGGAUGGAUUCGAAGACUACAGACCAGUUUAUCGCAUCGAUCCUUUGAUGUUCAGUAUCGCUAAAGCCGUCAUGUCUUGGAUGGUGUACGCUCAGGGUAACAGACUCUAUGGAGCCUUCGCCGAGCAGACCGUCAAGACGGUCGAGAAUGCUAUGCCUUACGGCUAUAGCGGUGCCAUGGUCGCAGCAUAUAUUGGUAUCGCCACAAGUAUCUGGGAUGGGAUCCAGAACAAGAAGAGAGUUUAA